UUUGAUCAAUGGAUAAUUCUAAUAUUUCUUCUCUAAAAAACAUCGCUGCCUCGUUGGCCUUUAGUGGUUGACCUAAACAAGAAACACACAUAAUUGUGAUCACUUCAAAAACAUUCUGCUUUUCUUUCUUUCUUACACAAAAUACAAUCCUGAAUUUCUGCAUCCUCAACACAUUACCUGUCUGAUAGAAACACAGAAGAAACUAAGGGAAUGAAUGUCUUCCGAAACUCUCCGAAAGCUUCUCCAACUAAACAAUCUACCACUCUUCAGCACCUCUUUCAGUUAGACUCCAAGACUUCCAGUAAUGCCUUCUUCAUUCCUUCUAGUCCCAAACUUGUCAAGCAAUCUUCCUCGGAAUCCGAAAACGAAGGCGUCCUCGACAUUAUAUCUCAUUGUUCCGUUGUCUUCACCUUCACGCAUCCUUCCGAGUCUCCCUCUCAGCAAGAUUUCAAGCGAUUCAAGCUCAUCCAGCUCCUCUCCGUCGUCAAAACUUCUAGAAAUAAGCAACUUCCUCGUCAAGUUUUAUCCGCUCUCGUAUCGAUGAUAUCGAUCAACCUCUUCCGACCUCUCCCUCCGUCUACCAAUAACACCGUCUGCACUACUGACUUGCCCGACGAUGAAGAACUCUCUUCGUCUCUUUUACCUACAUGGCAGCAUUUGCAAAUCGUUUAUGACAUCCUUCUCAGACUAAUCCACAAUCUAGAUCCCAAAUUACUCCGCGAAUACAUCGACGAAUCGUUCCUUACCAAUCUCCUCUCGCUAUUCCAAUCCGAAGAUCCAAGAGAGCGCGAGAGUUUGAAAAACACUUACCACAAAAUGUAUUCCAAAUUCACUUUCUACAGGUCGUUCAUGAGGAAAUCAAUGCAUAACGUGUUCUUACGCUAUAUCUUCGAGACCGAGAAGCAUUGUGGAAUCGCGGAGUUGCUCGAGAUAUGGGGAAGCAUAAUCAACGGUUUUACGGUUCCGUUAAAAGAAGAGCACAAGCUGUUCUUGAUGAGAGUACUGAUCCCUUUGCAUAAGACAAAGGGGAUGCAAGUUUAUCACAGGCAACUAUCUUACUGUGUGAAUCAGAUUGUGCAGAAGGAGCCAAUGCUAGGUGGGACUGUUGUAAGAGGGAUUUUAAGGUAUUGGCCUAUCACUAACUGUCAGAAAGAAGUUGUGCUAAUUGGUGAAUUGGAAGAACUUGUGGAGAGUAUAGAACCAGACCAUUAUAGAAAGCUGGCUUUGCCUUUAUGUACUCAAAUUACUAGAUGCUUCAAUAGUUGGAAUUCACAGGUUGGGGAGAGAGCAUUAUACAUAUGGAACAAUGAAGAGUUUGUGAAAAUGGUAUCAUCAGCAAGAAAAGAGGUGUUUCCAGUAGUAGUGGAAGGAAUGGAGAAGAACCUGAAAUGGCAUUGGAGCAAGAGUGUGCAGCAAUUGACUCAAAAUGUUAAAGAAAUGCUUCACAAAAUGGAUCCAAUUUUAUAUCAAAAAUGCCUACAAGAAAUUGAUGGAAAAGAAAAGUUGAGGGGGCAAGAAAAUAUUAUGAGACAGAAAAGAUGGGAGAUUAUAGAAAUGGAAGCAGCUAAGAAUCAUUUCUUACAACCUCAAAAAUUACUCUGUGUUUCUCAUUGAUCUCAUCACUAUUAUUAUAUAUGGCAUGAGAUGAAGCCAACUAUUUUUCUUUUAGCUCUUAUUAGCAAGUGUUACCAAAAUCCAAAAAUCCAAAGCUCAUAAUUUUUUUUAGGAAAAAAUGCUCAUAUGCUUUCCAUAUUUGGCCCGACGAUCAAGUUGGUUCUCUAUAUUUUUGAAGAGGUGCUAAAAAGCACACUUAAUGUUUUUAUAA